GUUUUACGUCUGCGCAUGCGUGGGAACUCCUCCACCCUCCGCACAAGUUUCUAUUGUUGCCACGACAACCGGCGGUUGAUGCGUCAGCGGACUACCGCGCCGGAGGAAGGUGGGGGUGGUGGAGGAGGAGGUGGAGGUGUGGAGCCGGGGGAAGGCAAACCAAGCCCCGGCCACAGAGGAGCCCGACGCGGCGAGGAGACGCCACAGGGGCCCGGUGCUCAGGAGCUGGGGCCCCACGGGGACACGUACGAGGGAGACGUCGAGGACGGGCUGAAACACGGAAGAGGGAAGUUCACCUGGAGCAACGGAGAGUACUAUGAGGGCUCCUUCUACAAACAGUACAGGCAUGGGGAUGGAGUGUACUGCUGGCCCACAGGCCACAAAUUCACCGGCAAGUUUUACCUCAACAGAAGGGAAGGAUACGGGCUUCACCUGUUCCCGGAUGGAGCCACCUUUCAGGGUUUGUAUCACGUCGGCCUGAGGCUUGGUCCGGGUGUGGUCACUUAUCCAGACGGGUCUCAAGAUGUGGGUCUGUGGGUGGGGAACCGCCUGCUGAGGCUCUGCACCCCUGUAGAAGAGGGCUUUAGCCUGAAGAACCAUCCUGAAUAUGCCACCUUCAUGGACCCGGCUGCCACCACUGCCUCCCUGACUCAGGUUCCCAUUCCCAGGACACACUCUGAGGUGGACGCAGACAGAGACGUGCUCUUAGAUGACGAUUCUAUCUAUCCCCCCGGCCUGGAGAGGUUCUCGACAAACGGCGACUGCUUGCCACUGCCCCCAGGCCGGAGGUCAGAGUUGGACCGACACUUUUACGGCGAGCUGUGGGAGCCAGACGUUUGUCCGUACCAAGGCUAUGAACGAGACCCACUCUCCAAUUUGCCCUUGCAGGCUCGCAUGCAGGCUAACGUACACAAUCACAGACGACAGGCUGAACAUCUGGGCUGGGACGUGGCUGCUGUUCUCUCACUGAACAGGGACAACUUUGGGCCUAAAGGGCCGUUGGAAGUGGACUCCGAGCGGUUGAUCCAGCACGCCUCCCGCGGAGACCUGCAGGCAGUUUUUCAGCUCCUCAAGACUAAACUGAUCCACCCCGAUGUAGCCGAUCCACAGGGACACACUGCACUGAUUGCUGCCACAGUGAACUGCCACAACGGUGUGAUCCAUCGUUUGCUGGAUAUGGGUGCCGACAUUGACAAGUUGAACUGUGAAGGCAUGUCCGCCCUCGCCGUUUGCCACGUCCUCUACUACCCCUUUCAGUCUCUGCACACCACUCUGGUUGAAUCACCUGCCAGGACUCAAGUUCUGAGGUCGCCCUCUGCAGGUGGGAGCAGUCCACAGAUAAUCCGAGUUGACCGCGCUGCAGAUACACCGGGGCUUCACAACAGACCUCCGACCUCAGUUGUUCAGUCGAGAGAGGAGGAUGUGGACAGAGUGAGACGCGAAGAGGCUAAAGGGGAGAGAGGAAGUGUGGACCGCUCCAUUCAGGUGAUGGACGGUCACAUUGCGGUGGGCACCGUGCAGUGGAAGGAAUGUCGCGCCAAGCCUGCAGCAACAGUUCAGGGCCAAGACGAAGAACCGACCCAGGGGCAGAGCUUUGACUCCGCCUGCUCUGUCAGCAGCCUCACCAUCCAGGUCACGGAGGAAGAUAUGCAUCGCGCAGCAGAAGCUCUGAGUCGCACUGGGCUGCCUCAGCACGCCGACACGCAGGAGACUGUGCGCAAAAUGGCUGCCAUGAAAAUUGAACACCGCGCUCGCCUGAGCACCCUGCAGCUGUUGUUGGAUCGGGGGGCUGACCCCAACGUGUCCAAGGUCCCAGUGCCCGUACUCAUUUUAGCCAUUAUGGCCGCCGACGCUGAGGCCGUCCAGAAACUGCUGCUGUGUGGAGCUCGUACUGACAUGCCCCUUCCACCCGAGAAGAAAGGCCUUUAUCCCCUGCAUGUCGCUGCGGCGCUGCCUGGGCCGGCAGGUCCCAGAAUCACAGAGCUGCUGUUGUGCGCCAUCAUCGACACAGACGCGCAGGCAUGCGACCAGGACGAGAUCUUCGAACUGGAUAAGGUGCGUGGCGCGUGUUCUCGGACGUACAGCUUCGUUCCGGUCCUCGAAAGUGAACUUGAGACUUUGACUAUUUUACAGGCUGUCGCGAACGCUCGUGCACCGCUGAGCUCUGACGAGAGGCCUCAUCUCAGAGGAGGAGGCAGAACUGCCCUGCACGUGGCCUGCCAGAGAGUUAGCGACUACACGAAUGCCAGCAAGGUGGUCGCCCUUCUGCUCUCACGCAGAGCCAGCACAGAUCUCCUCUGGAGUGGACACUCGCCUCUCUCCCUCGCUAUAGCGAGUGGCAAUGACAUGGUGGUGGAGGAGCUGUUGAAAGGAGGAGCGGAUCCCAACUUCCCCCUGGGCCGCGGGGUGGGCAGCGCCGUCUGUACCCUCGCCAACAUCAACUACCACCUUUGCUGCAACCGACCUAAGCUGCUGGACAUGUUAGCCAAGGCUGGUGCCGACAUGUUGUUGCCGGUUACCGUGGGCAAUGCUGUGGGAAGCGCAGUCGACUACGCACAUGACUCCUUCAACCGGGACUUGCGUAUUGCCAACACUCCCUUCCACGCUCUCAACAUGCUGGAGAGGGAAACAUUCAAGUCGCGGCGCCACCUGCUGAGCAUGAUGGGAGAUCUGCUGAGACAGACCGCCGGCCAGAGGAAGACAGAGAACAUGCAGAGACAGCUCAAGCCAGAUGCAGGUAACAGCGGCACACAGUGGUUUGUAUACACGGGGGCAGAUGCCACGUCGUCGAACGAGCCCCUCAGCUGUCAAAGUCGACCGCACACAACAGAAAAACACAGGAAACCCUCGUUCAAGUUCUGCUACGACUGCGGUCGCUCCGUGUCGGUGAAGCUGACCCCCUGCAGCCGCUGCCACGAGGUCUUCUACUGCUCCACGGCCUGCAAACUGAAAGCUUGGGAAAAAAGACACAAGGAAGAGUGCGUCCGGAUGUCAGCGUCUGCUGAUGGCAUCCGGAGGACAGCUGCGAAAUCCUCAAAAGGCCCCAACCUGAAGGAAAACUACACCUUCAACUGACUUUCUCUUAUUCUGAGUCUUUGAUUUAUAUAUUUACUGACUGACAAUAUGUUGUGCCAUUAUCAUUUCUCUUUGGAAUUUUGCAAUGUAAAUAAAUUGUACUCAUGAAAGUUAAAAGUA